CGUUUUGUGCAAGCUAUGAUGUUUGCAAUUGAAGAAAUAAACAGGGACCCUAUGCUGCUCCCGAACCUUACACUAGGUUACCAGAUUUAUGAUUCUUGUGGCAUGCCGUCCUUGUCUAUUAAAGCAGCCUUGAAGAUUUUGAAUGGGCAAAGGGAUGCUGCUUCAGAUGAGACCUGUCAGAAUGUAAAUGCUAUUGUUGCUGAUUCUGGAUCCUCACAGUCCACCGCAGUUUCAAGUUUACUCAGCCCUUUCACAAUUCCCAUGGUCAGUUACUUUUCCACAUGUGAUUGUUUGAGCAACAAAAAAGAGCAUCCGUCAUUUUUCAGAACAAUACCCAGUGAUUACUUUCAGGCAAAGGCAUUAGCACAACUGGUGAAUCAUUUUGGUUGGAAUUGGAUCGGAACAAUCAAGAGUGACAGUGACUAUGGUAAUUUCGGAAUGCAAGCGUUCACAGAAGCCGUGCAGCAGUUGAGAAUUUGCAUUGCCUUUUCUGAGUCCUUUUAUAGAACAUAUCCAAGAGAAAAAUUACUCAAAACGGUUAGAGUCGUGAAGGAGGCAAGCACAAGAGUUAUUGUGGCGUUUGUUGCUGAACGUGAUAUGGAAAUUUUGCUGAAGGAGAUUGCAAGACAAAACAUCACAGGCAUUCAAUGGAUAGGAAGCGAAGCCUGGAUUUCCACACCAAUCCUUCCAUCGGAAGAAAGCCGAAGAUUUCUGAUUGGAGCAUUAGGAAUCUCAAUACCUCAAGCAAAUAUCCCCGGUUUUCAAGCAUUUUUGUUUCAAGCGCACCCUUCUUCAGACGAAGGAAAUAGUUUACUCAAAGAAUUUUGGGAAACGACUUUCAAUUGUCGUCUGAGCUCUGCAAAGAAUCAGGCAAAUGGAACUGAAGUAACUUCUGAAUGUACAGGCAGAGAGAAUUUAAAAGCCAUUAAAAAUACCUAUACUGACGCAUCUCAGUUGAGAGUUACAUAUAAUGUGUACAAGGCAACGUAUGCUAUUGCGCAUGCUCUGCACAAUAUGCUCAGAUGUGACAUUUUGAAAAAAGCAUCCCUGAAGAACAUAUGUGACAAUCCAUUUGAUUUUCAAUCACAACAGCUAUUGCACUAUUUGAAAGCGGUUAACUUCACGACGAAGACUGGAGAAACUGUGCACUUCAACGAAAAUGGGGAUCCCGUUGCAAAGUACGACAUUGUAAAUUGGCAAAGCACAGGGGCCGGUACUGAUAUAGUUACAGUGGGAUAUUAUGAUGGAUCUGCGCCUCCAGGCCAAGAAUUCACCAUUAACGAAGAAGCAGUUAUUUGGAGUGAAGGACGAAGGAAGGUACCACAAGCAAUUUGCUCUGAAAGUUGUACUGCUGGAACCAGGAAAGCUGCCAGAAAACAGCAACCUAUUUGCUGCUUUGAUUGUGUCAAAUGUGCUGAAGGUGAGAUCAGUAAUAUUACAGAUUCAAUUACAUGCCUGAAAUGUUCUUGGGAUUAUUGGCCAAAUGAACAGCGAAAUCAAUGCAUACCGAAGAUAAUUGAAUUUCUUUCUUUUGAGGAGGUCAUGGGAAUUGUUUUAGUGACAUUGGCAUUAAUUGGAACCAGCUUCACAGUGACUGUAAUUGUAAUUUUCUGCAUUCACAUCAACACUCCUCUUGUUAAAGCCAAUAACUCAGAAAUAAGUUUUCUGCUUCUUUUUGCUUUAAUGCUGUGCUUUCUCUGCUCAAUAAUGUUCAUUGGAAAACCUUCAAACUGGUCUUGCAUGCUACGCCAUGCAGUGUUUGGUAUCAGUUUUGUGCUCUGCAUUUCUUGUGUUUUGGGCAAAACCUUGGUUGUAAUGAUGGCCUUUAAGGCAACCUUUCCUAACAAUAAGAUGAUGAAGUGGUUUGGGCCAGUACAGCAACGUCUGGCCAUUUUCAUCCUUACAUUUAUACAAUGCGUAAUAUGUAUGAUCUGGGUAAUUACAUCACCACCCUAUCCAUUGAAAAAUAUUAGUUAUUUUAAAGAUAUUAUUAUUUUGGAAUGUGAUGUUGGGUCUGUGACUGCUUUUUAUUUGGUAUUUGGCUAUAUUGGAUUUUUGUCUUGUGUUUGUUUUGUGGUUGCCUUUUUAGCCCGUAGGCUUCCAGACAAUUUCAACGAAGCAAAAUUUAUUACUUUUAGCAUGCUUGUAUUCUGUGCAGUUUGGAUAACAUUCAUUCCUGCUUAUGCGAGUUCCCCUGGCAAAUACAUGGUGGCUACAGAAGUGUUUGCCAUUUUGGCAUCCAGCUUUGGCCUACUUUUCUGCAUCUUUGUUCCUAAAUGUUACAUUAUCCUAUUGCGACCAGAGAACAAUACAAAGAAACAUUUGAUGUGCAAAGUCACUUGA